AUGGCCGCCGGCAACCGCAAGAAGAUAGUGGUGGUUGGGCUGGGUAUGGUGGGCAUCAGCUUCAUAGAAAAGAUGAUGAAGUUGGAUGCCCGCACACGCGAGUAUGAUAUUGUGGUCCUCGGUGAGGAGCCACACCUAGCCUACAACCGUGUGGGCCUGACUAGCUUCUUUGAUCACCGCAAGGUGGAUAACCUCUACCUGAAUCCGUUAGAAUGGUACACUGGCUACACGGACGGCUCACUGAGCUAUCACAUCAACACUACCGUCACCGCAAUCCACCCCGACAGCAAGACAGUGUCCUGCUCAAACGGCGAUGAAGUCUCAUACGACAUCCUCGUCCUCGCCACCGGCUCCGAUGCCGUCCGCCCCAAGCACACGCCAGGCCACGACGCCACCGGCGUGUUCGUCUACCGCACCAUUCAGGAUCUCCAGGAUUUGAUCGCAUUCGCCGAGACAAAGAAGGGUACUACUGGUAUCGUUGUCGGCGGAGGUCUACUCGGUCUCGAGGCCGCCAAGGCCAUGAUGGACUUGGAGUGCUUCGAAAAGGUGUCCGUGGUUGAGCGAAACAGCUGGGUCCUCAGCCGACAGCUGGACGCCGACGCGGGUGGCAUGGUUGUGGAGCAGGUCCGCGACCUCGGCGUGGACGUACGGCUCAGGAAACGGGUGGGCAAGGUCGAGGUGGACGCCGACAACAACGUCACCGGUGUGCUGUUCGAGGAUGGAGAGACCAUGGCUUGCUCCACGAUAUGCUUCGCCAUUGGCGUGCGGCCGCGCGACGCGAUAGCCAGGGAGGCUGGGAUACGGUGUGCAGACCGCGGCGGCGGUGUGGUCGUGGGUGACGACCUGCAGACCAGCAUCCCGGACGUCUACGCCAUCGGAGAAUGUGCAAGCUGGCAGGGUCAGUCGUUUGGGCUCAUCGCCCCGGGCGUCGAGAUGGCCGAUGUUCUUUCUUUCAACCUGACCCAGGCCAAGGAGCACCAACCCAGGGCUUUCAAGCGGCCAGACCUCAGCACGAAGCUGAAGCUUCUUGGCGUGGAGGUUGCGAGCUUUGGUGAUUUCUUUGCCGACCGCGACGGUCCACAGUUUUUGCCGCCCAAGGCUGCAAGGAAGGCCAAGAGUGCGGAGAAUGUUGGGGCAAACGGCAACGGCGAGGUCAAGAAGCUCACCAACGGACUGCCACCGUCACCGGUCAAGUCGCUGACGUACAAGGACCCGUUUACGAAUGUCUACAAGAAGUACAUCUUUACCGUUGACGGCAAGUACCUACUCGGAGGCAUGAUGAUCGGAGACACGCGAGACUACGUCAAACUGGUCCCGUUGGUGAAGAACCAGAAGGAGCUCGAAACACCACCGAGCGAGCUCAUCCUCGGUGCCAAGAAAGAGGGUGGUGACGAGGGCGACGACCUGGACGACGACACGCAGAUCUGCUCAUGCCACAACGUGACCAAGGGAGACGUUGUCGAGAAGGUCAAGGACGGUAGCUGCAAGUCGAUCGGAGACGUCAAGUCGUGCACAAAAGCAGGCACCGGGUGCGGUGGUUGUGUACCGCUUGUCACCAGCAUCUUCAACAAGACUAUGAAGGAUAUGGGCAACGAAGUCAAGAACCACCUGUGCCCACACUUCCCGUACUCUAGGGCCGAGCUGUUCCACAUCAUAUCAGCGAAGCAACUACGGGUCUUUGACGAUGUGAUGCGCGAGGCGGGAACGGACCCGGAUAGCUUUGGUUGCGAGGUGUGCAAGCCAUGCGUGGGCUCGAUAUUCGCCAGUCUCUACAACAAACACGUAAUGUCGGCCAAGGACCACGGCCUGCAGGACACCAACGACCGCUUCCUGGGCAACAUCCAGCGGAACGGCACCUUCAGCGUCGUGCCGCGCGUCUCGGGCGGCGAGAUCACACCCGAGAAGCUGAUCGCCAUGGGCCAGGUCGCCAAGGAGUACGGGCUGUACACCAAGAUCACGGGUGGUCAGCGCAUCGAUAUGUUUGGUGCCAAGAAGCAGGAUCUGCUCGAUAUCUGGGGCAAGCUGGUCAAUGCCGGCAUGGAAAGCGGCCACGCUUACGCCAAAUCGCUGCGUACCGUCAAGUCCUGCGUGGGCACGACCUGGUGCCGUUUCGGUAUCGGCGACAGUGUCGGUAUGGCUGUGCGGCUUGAGGAGCGGUACAAGAGCAUCCGGGCUCCGCACAAGAUCAAGGGUGGUGUGAGCGGUUGCGUGAGGGAGUGUGCCGAGGCGCAGAGCAAAGAUUUUGGGCUCAUUGCUACCGACAAGGGCUUCAACAUCUACGUGGCAGGAAACGGAGGUGCCAAGCCGAGGCAUGCAGAACUGUUGGCCAAGGACGUACCGCCAUCAGAAGUCGUUCCAAUCUUGGAUCGCUACCUGAUGUUCUACAUCCGCACGGCAGACAAACUACAACGGACGGCAAGAUGGCUCGAGAAUCUCCCCGGCGGCAUCGAAUACCUCCGAGAGGUGGUGCUCAAAGACAAACUCGGCAUCAACGCUGCGCUCGAGGCGGCGAUGGAGGAGCUCGUGGACGGCUUCUUUGACGAAUGGGCCGAGGCCAUCCAAGAUCCCGCCAUCGCUGCCAAGUUCCGCCAGUUUGCAAACACGGACGACAAGCUCGACAACAUGGAAGUCGAGGUGGAGCGUGACCAGCUACGGCCGGUGCACUGGCCCAAGGAGGCGGCCAAGGAGGACUUCAAGGGCCUGAGGAGCAGGUGGACGGAGACGGCGUGGCAGCCGGUCAUGGAGGCCAGCUAUUUCGCCGAGGCCGAUGGGCUGCCCAACGGCAUCAGCGCCGCCGUCAGGAGGGGAGACACACAGCUCGCGCUCUGGAGGAUCAGGGGCAGGUACUUUAUGACGCAGCAAAUGUGCCCGCACAAGAGGGCGUUCAUCCUGUCGGACGGCCUCAUCGGAGAGGAGACAAGCUGCAGCAAGGAGAAGGGCGACAACGGCAGCGGCAUCACGAACGGCGCGGCCACGAACGGCUCUCUGGGCGUCACCAACGGUGGCACCAACGGCAUGGGCCCUGCCGACGCGGAGCGGACGGCGGCGUCGGGCGACGGCGGCGGCAGCUGCGACAAGAACAACAACGCGCCGUGGGUGUCGUGCCCGCACCACAAGCGCAACUUUGACCUCUCGAGCGGCGCCUGCAAGAACGACGAGGAGCUCUCCAUCGCCACGUUCGAGGUCGAGGAGAGGCCCGACGGCUUCGUCUACGCCAAGCUGCCGCCCGUCGAGGAGCUCGACGCCGCGCUCGGCACCUCAAAGUGGAAGGUCAAGCUGGGCGAUGCCGGAGACGGCGAGCACCCCUUUGCCGAGCUCGACAGGAAGAUCGCCUUCAAGGGCCUCAGGGCAAAGAAGGUCGGCCUGCGGCCCACGGCGGCGACGCUGCCCCUCAAGACCAAGAACCUCGCCGUCGCGGUCGGUGGUGGGUGCGGGUCGGCGCCGGACUGGUGA